AUGUCUUCUAAUAAACUAAAUAUUGGAGGUGGAGGAGGAGGAGGGGGAAGUAUAAAAAAUACAUUAAAAUUAACAUUACCUGGUUGUAGCAACACAACAACAAAUGCUACUAAUUAUUAUUCUCAUUCUGUCGAUACAAUGCUUUCUAAAAAUAAUAAAGAACAAAAGAUGGAAGAAGAAGAAAUUGAAGAUAAACAACAACAAAAAAGUCAGGAUGAUGAUGAAGAUAUUUGUUUUAAUGUUGAGGACAUGGAAAAAGAAGAAGAACAACAACAAAAAUAUAUCCCUAACAAUUUACUAAAAAAUAAUUUAUUAAAGACACCUCCAUUAAUUUGUGAACAAGGCCCUUCUGCACCUUCAUCACCUACUACUUCAAGUCCAGGUGCACGUUCUGCUAAACGACCUUGUCCAUUAUCUGUAGAUGCAUUACAACGAAUUAAUUUGUUAAGUCCAAAUUACGUUCCUCCCCCAAUUUCUUGUUAUUCCUUAUCUGGAACUCAAUCAAUGAUGGAUUCUUCUUCGUCAAAAAUCCCUCCCCCAUCAUCACCGAGCUAUCCAACUUCUGAUUUAGGGUCAAGUCCAAGAUCUUCAAUUUCUACCUGCCAUUAUUCUACUCUCGGUAUUAGUGCAGCUAAUUGGAGUGUUUUUAGAGAUAUUGCCUAUAGUAGUGGUGGAGGAUCUUUAAGGUCAACAGGUAUUGAUGAUGAAUCUUCAGAAGGAGGAAAUAAUAAUUUAAAUAAUGAAGAUAAGGCUGAUACACAUAGAUUCCUCCUUUCACCACAAUUAUUACUUUCUCCGUUACUUUCCCCCUUUUCUGAUUGUGGAGUUGCUGAUUUACAUAUUGGAUAUUCUGCUUCAGCAACUCCCUAUUCAAGAUCGCCAAAUAUGUCACCAUCUCCUAUUAGGAGAAUGAGGGGAAGUGUUGGAGGAGGUGGAGAUUUAACACAUUUUAGCUUUGAACAAAUUCGAAGUAGAAGUUCUUUAUCCAAUCAUGCUAGUAACAAUGCUCAAGAAACAUUUAAUAAUUCAAUUAAUAAUUCUUGUGAACAUCCAAAUUAUCAUCAAAGAAUGUUAGCUACAGCAAAUGCUAUUUCACAGCCUCGGUCUUUGGAUUUAGAUGCAAGAGAACGUAGUCGUUCAGAAGGAGAAGCAUUAUCAUCAAAUAAUGUUUGUAAAAGGAAUAAACAGUCUGGAGGGGGAGGAGGGGAUUUUGAAGAUGAUGAAGAGGAUGAAAGAAUGGAUACUGGACAUUCUACACUUUCUGUCCCCACAGGAACAACAACGGCGGCAAAUAGAGGAAAUUUACAUGCGGGAUUAAAGAGGAGAAGAUUACAAUUAUUACAAAAAAAUAAAGAAAAAGAAGAACAAAAAAUAAAUAAAAAUAAUAUUUCUAUAAAAAUAAUAACUUCUGAUAACGAUAAUAACAAUAAUAAUAAUAAACAAAUUAAUAAUAAUAAUAAACCAACAAUUGAAGAGCCACCUCCAUCACCUACAUUAACUGAAUUAUUUCAGCCUGGAGAUUUGGAUAAUGGACGGCGUAAACAAGUAGAAGAAUGGAUUAAACAACAAACUGCGGCAUUAGAAGCAAUUAGACAUUCUUUAGUACCAGCACAUCAAGAAGCUAAUCUUUUACAGGUUCCAAGUAUUAUACCACAAAAUUCGUUAGAACAACUUUGGCCCCAACCAGCAACUGACUGUUCACAAGUCGGGCCUAUUCGGCCAAUGCUUGCUUCUUUAUGGAGACGUAGUAGAUCAGAAUCUGAAUUAUCUGGAGGAGGAAAAACGAAUAUUUCUCCUUUUAUGGAAGAUGACCACCAAAAUAAUGUUAGACGGCAAUCCUCAUCUACAGCAACAACAAUUGAGACAACAAAUAAUUCAAAGAAUAUAUCAGAUAAUCGUCGUAGACAAAGUCAACCACAAGCGCCUUUACUUGUUCCCUUAAAUGAAGCAACACAUGUUUGUGAACAUUGUGGACAAGGAUUUUCAAUGCACGAUCGUUUAGCUAAACAUAUAGCUAGUAGACAUAGAGAUCGUUCUGCCUCUGCAAACGAUGAAGGCAAUCGUAUUCACAAAUGUCAAUUAUGUCCAAAAAGUUUUGGACGUUCUGAUAUGUUAACUAGACAUAUGAGAUUACAUACGGGAUUAAAACCUUAUGCUUGUCAAUUAUGUGGACAAGUAUUUUCUAGAAGUGAUCAUUUAAGUACACAUCAGAGAACACAUACAGGAGAAAAGCCUUAUCGUUGUCCUCAAUGUAGUUAUGCUGCUAGUCGUCGUGAUAUGAUAACUAGACAUAUGCGUACUCAUUUAUUAUUAGGAACAGAAGGUUCUUCUGCAUUAGACAACGAACUUCAAAUUCCUCCAAUUAAUGAAUUAUCACUUUCUCCUCCCUCACCCCCUCCAACAGUACCAGCAACCCUUUCACCUCUUCCCCAACAAAAACCAUCCAUAAUAAUCCCCCAACAACAAUUAAAUACAAAUUUUGCUUGUUAUUCUCAAUCACCUCAAAAUAACCAAUUAUUUGGACAAACACCAACAACAUCAUUAAUUCACCAACAACAACAACCAUCAACAUCAACAACUAAUAUAAAUAAUCAUUUAGCUAAAUUAUUUUCUGCUGCGAUAAAUGAAAGAACAAAUUCUUCUAAUUUGUUAAAUUCUUCUUUAAUUUUAGCAGCCCAACAAUUACCCGCUGCUUUACGACGUUCAACUCCAAAUUUAUUUAAUAUUUCACCUGAAUUAAUAGAUUAUUCGAGAAGUGCUUUUAAACCUCCAAAUUGCUUAAAUACUUCAAAUAUUGACCCAGCAAUUGCGGCUGUAGCAGCAGUUAAAGUCCAACAAUUACUUCAACAACAACAAGAAUCAAGACUUUCUUUCUCUUCUUUAGAUGGAGGACAACAAACAUCAAAUAAUAAUUUACCUUUACUUUUUAGGCAACAUUCUUUUGAUGGAUUUGGAAGAAGAGGAGGAGAAGGAGGAGGAGGAGGUGGAGAAGGAAGUUGUCAACAACAACAACAGCCAAGAUAA